CGUAUUCACGUAGAGCUGACUGUGGAGAAGGAUCUGGGCCCCAACCUCACGGCGACAGUCCUCACGACAGGACUGCUGGCCUUCAUAACGAUGGGUAUGCGCACACAUGUCAGAAUCACCAAUCGAAGCUGGGCUCUUGAGGAUUGGAUCAUGGCAGUCGGAUGCUUGCCUCUCAUGACGCUCACCAUUGUCACGACUAUCGGUUCUUACUACGGCAUCGGUGCCAAAGACAGUACUUUCGCUCAGCCUGGCAAUCAGAAAUAUGUGGAGACGGCCUACUUCUGGUUCUUCUUCUAUCAAAUCUUCUACUGCACCUCCAUCAUCUUCAUUAAGCUGAGCAUCGCCUUCAUGUUAAACCGGAUAGCUGGAAGAAGGAUGAUCUUCAUUUACAUCAACUACGGCAUCAUGGGUCUCUGCGCAGCCACCAACCUAGCAGCCAUUCUUUACAUCAUCUUCCAAUGUCAUCCCGUUGAGGCUGCUUGGAGAGCCGAUCUCAUGGCGGAAGGGACACACUGCGAGCCAUCAGUCUACUUGCAGAACGUUUACUUCUUCUGCACAUCGGUCAACAUCUUCACCGAUUGGGCUACCGCACUCAUGCCAAUCGCUCUCCUGUGGAAUGUGCAAAUGAACAGAAACACCAAGAUCUCAGUUGCUGGCAUUCUGGGCUUAGGUAUCUUCACAUCAGUCUCUGGCCUAGUUCGCCUAAAGUACACCGUCGGCCUGACAAGCAGCCAUGACUACCUCUAUGGCCUCGCGAACAUCCUCAUCUGGGGCUACGCCGAACCUGCCCUUGGUAUGCUUGUCGGCAACAUCGCGACCCUUCGCCCACUCUUUCAACGCCUCCUGCACCUCGGCUCAAGCGGCUCUCAGCAGCCUCACUCCGGAGGUACACCGCACGGCAUCAGCGGCGGUGGUGGCCGCUCGCAUCGCUACAAGCCAUUUGACCACGAAGUCGAGCUCGGCACCAUCGUGGACAACAAGGAUGGGGUUGUUCCUUCGAUUCAGGUUCGCGGCGGUCGUGGUAGCGUGUCGAGCGAUAGCGAGAGCCAGAAGGAGAUUCUAGAGAAGAAUGAUCGGUUUGUGAAUAACAAUAAGGAUAGUAUUGUUGUUAGUCGGCAUGUUGAGGUUAGUCGAGAGUGA